UGGCCGGGCCUCGCGCGCGCUCCUCUCGCUGUCGGUGGCCGGGCCCCUACGAAGGUCAAGAUGGAAGAGAUCCUGAGGAAGCUGCAGAAGGAAGCGUCCGGGAGCAAGUACAAAGCCAUCAAAGAGAGCUGCACCUGGGCCCUGGAAACCCUGGGUGGUGUGGAUACCAUUGUCAAGAUCCCCCCACACUUGCUGAGGGAGAAAUGCUUGCUACCUCUCCAGUUGGCUUUGGAAUCCAAGAAUGUGAAACUGGCCCAACAUGCCUUGGCAGGAAUACAGAAGCUUCUGUCAGAAGAGAGGUUUGUAUCCAUGGAAACAGAUUCUGAUGAGAAGCAGCUGCUCAAUCAGAUCCUGAAUGCCGUGAAAGUGACGCCUUCCCUCCAUGAAGACCUGCAGGUGGAAGUGAUGAAGGUUUUACUCUGCAUAACCUACACCCCGACCUUUGACCUGAAUGGGAGCGCAGUGCUGAAGAUCGCAGAGGUGUGCAUUGAGACAUACAUAUGUAGCUGUCACCAGCGUAGUAUAAACACGGCUGUGCGGGCAACUCUCAGUCAAAUGCUGGGUGACUUGGCUUUACAGUUACGACAAAGGCAGGAAAAUACGAUUAUUGAAAACCCGGACGUCCCACAGGAAUUCAGGAAUCAAGGGUCAACAGUUGAGUCCCUUUGUGAUGACCUUGUCUCUGUGCUCACCGUUCUGUGUGAGAAGCUACAAGCCGCCAUCAACGACCAGCAGCAGCUACAGCUCCUGUACUCCGAGUGCAUCCUGUCCGUGCUCAGCAGCUCCUCCCCGUCCAUGCACCUGCACAGAGGUUUCACAGACCUGAUCUGGAAGAACCUUUGCCCUGCUCUCAUCGUGAUCCUGGGGAAUCCAAUUCAUGACAAAACCAUCACCUCCGCUCACAGCAGCAGCGCCGGUGCAGGCGUCGAGUCAGACUCUGCAUCUCCGGGAGUUUCCGACCACGGCCGGGGGUCGGGCUGCUCCUCCACGGCGCCAGCCCUGAGCGGGCCGGUGGCUCGGACCAUUUACUACAUCGCGGCCGAGCUGGUCCGGCUGGUGGGGUCGGUGGACUCCAUGAAGCCCGUGCUCCAGUCCCUGUAUCACCGGGUGCUGCUCUAUCCGCCACCCCAGCACCGGGUGGAAGCCAUCAAAAUCAUGAAAGAGCUACUUGGGAGCCCACAGCGCCUCUGUGAUUUGGCAGGACCCGGCUCCACUGAACCAGAAUCCAGAAAAAGAUCAAUUUCAAAACGAAAGUCUCAUCUGGAUCUUCUCAAACUCAUCAUGGAUGGCAUGACCGAAGCGUGCAUCAAGGGCGGCAUUGAGGCGUGCUAUGCGGCCGUGUCCUGCGUCUGCACCUUGCUCGGGGCCUUGGACGAGCUGAGCCAGGGCAAGGGCUUGAGCGAAGGCCAGGUGCAGCUGCUGCUGCUGCGCCUGGAGGAGCUCAAGGACGGGGCCGAGUGGAGCCGGGACUCCAUGGAGAUCAACGAGGCCGACUUCCGCUGGCAGCGGCGCGUCCUGUCCUCCGAGCACACGCCGUGGGAGGCGGGGAACGAGAGGAGCCCGGACAUCAGCAUCAGUGUGACCACGGACACGGGCCAGACCACCCUGGAGGGCGAGCUGGGCCAGACCACGCCCGAGGACCGCUCCGACAACCACAAGCACAGCCUCAGGUCGCCGGCGCAGCCGGAGAGCAGGGAGACGCUGAGCAAGGUGCCGGAGCCCGAGGCGGUCGACCAACCAGACGUGGUCCAGAGGAGCCACACGGUGGCUUACCCCGACAUAACGAACUUCCUGUCGGUGGACUGCAGGAUGAGGUCCUAUGGCUCCCGGUACAGCGAGAGCAAUUUCAGCGUAGAUGACCAAGACCUCUCGCGGACCGAGUUCGACUCCUGCGACCAGUACUCGAUGGCUGCAGAGAAGGACUCGGGCAGGUCCGACGUGUCGGACAUCGGGUCGGACAACGGCUCCCUGGCCGACGAAGAGCAGACCCCUCGGGACUGCCUGGGCCACAGGUCCCUGCGGACUGCCGCUCUGUCCCUGAAACUGUUGAAGAACCAGGAGGCGGACCAGCACAGCGCCAGGCUGUUCCUGCAGGCCCUGGAGAGCCUCCUGCCCCGCCUGCUGGCUCUGCCCAGCGUGGAGGAGGUGGACUCGGCCCUCCAGAACUUCGCCUCCACCUUCUGCUCAGGCAUGAUGCACUCUCCCGGAUUCGAUGGGAGCGGCAGCCUCAGCUUGCAGAUGCUGAUGAACGCCGACAGCCUGUACACGGCCGCGCACUGCGCCCUGCUGCUCAACCUGAAGCUCUCCCACGGCGACUACUACCGGAAGCGGCCCACCCUGGCACCGGGCAUGAUAAAGGAGUUCAUGAAGCAGGUGCAGACCAGCGGGGUGCUGAUGGUUUUCUCCCAGGCCUGGAUCGAGGAACUCUAUCAUCAGGUGCUCGACAGGAACAUGCUCGGAGAAGCUGGCUACUGGGGCAGCCCAGAGGAUAACAGCCUUCCCCUCAUCACCAUGCUUACCGACAUUGAUGGCUUAGAGAGCAGUGCGAUUGGGGGCCAGCUGAUGGCUUCAGCUUCUACGGAGUCUCCUUUCACCCAGGGCAGGAGAAUUGAUGACUCCACAGUGGCAGGUGUGGCGUUUGCUCGCUAUAUUCUGGUGGGCUGCUGGAAGAACUUGAUCGAUACUUUAUCAACCCCCCUGACUGGCCGCAUGGCAGGAAGCUCCAAAGGGUUGGCCUUCAUUCUGGGAGCUGAAGGCGUCAAAGAGCAGAACCAAAAGGAACGUGAUGCCAUCUGCAUGAGCCUCGAUGGGCUGCGGAAAGCAGCGCGGCUGAGCUGUGCUCUAGGAGUUGCAGCUAACUGCGCCUCGGCCCUUGCCCAGAUGGCAGCUGCCUCCUGUGUCCAGGAAGAAAAAGAGGAAAAGGAAGUCCAAGAGCCCAGUGAUGCCAUAGCACAAGUGAAACUCAAAGUGGAGCAGAAACUGGAACAGAUCGGGAAGCUGCAGGGGGUCUGGCUGCACACCGCCCACGUCUUGUGCAUGGAUGCCAUCCUCAGCGUAGGCCUGGAGAUGGGGAGCCACAACCCGGACUGCUGGCCACACGUGUUCAGGGUCUGCGAGUACGUGGGCACGUUAGAACACACCCAUUUCAGCGCCGGCACCCCUCAGCCCCCUCUGACCAUCAGCCAACCCCAGAGGGCGCCGGGGGACUCUGGACUCCUUGGCGACCCAGAGCGUGAGGACUCGGCUGCGGAGCAGAACCCGGAGCCGGAGAGCUCCCUGAGCGCGGCCCCUGUCAUCCAGCCCCUCUCCAUCCAAGAGCUGGUCAGGGAAGGCAGCCGAGGCCGGGCCUCCGACUUCCGCGGGGGCGGCCUCAUGACAGGGAGCAGUGCGGCCAAGGCCGUGCUCACACUGUCCACCCAGGCCGACAGGCUCUUUGAAGAUGCUACGGAUAAGUUGAACCUCACAGCUUUGGGAGGGUUCCUUUAUCAGCUGAAGAAAGCAUCGCAGUCCCAGCUCUUCCAUUCUGUCACGGACACAGUCGAUUACUCUCUGGCAAUGCCAGGAGAAGUUAAAUCCACCCAAGACCGGAAAAGUGCCCUCCACCUGUUCCGCCUUGGGGAUGCCAUGCUGAGGAUCGUGCGGAGCAAAUCGCGGCCGCUGCUCCACGUGAUGCGCUGCUGGAGCCUGGUGGCCCCGCACCUGGUGGAGGCUGCCUGCCACAAGGAAAGACAUGUGUCUCAGAAGGCUGUUUCCUUCAUCCACGACAUACUGACGGAGGUCCUCACCGACUGGAACGAGCCGCCCCAUUUUCACUUCAACGAAGCCCUCUUCCGGCCUUUUGAGCGCAUCAUGCAACUGGAGUUGUGCGACGAGGACGUCCAGGACCAGGUUGUCACAUCCAUCGGCGAGCUGGUUGAAGUGUGUUCCACCCAGAUCCAGUCAGGAUGGAGGUCCUUGUUCAGUGCCCUGGAAACGGUGCACAGUGGGAACAAGUCUGAAGUGAAGGAGUAUCUGGUUGGUGAUUACUCCAUGGGAAAAGGCCAAGCUCCAGUGUUUGAUGUAUUUGAAGCUUUUCUCAAUACCGACAACAUCCAGGUCUUCGCCAAUGCAGCCACGAGUUACAUCAUGUGCCUUAUGAAGUUUGUCAAAGGACUGGGGGAAGUGGACUGUAAAGAAAUAGGAGACUGUGUCCCGGGACCGGGAGCCACGUCCCCAGACCUGUGCCUGCCUGCCCUGGAUUACCUCCGGCGCUGCUCUCAGUUACUGGCCAAAAUCUACAAAAUGCCGUUGAAGCCAAUAUUCCUUAGCGGGCGACUCGCUAGCUUGCCUCGAAGACUUCAGGAGCAGUCGGCUAGCAGUGAGGAUGGCAUUGAGUCAGUCCUGUCUGAUUUUGAUGACGACACGGGGCUGAUAGAAGUCUGGAUCAUCCUGCUGGAGCAGCUAACAGCAGCUGUGUCCAACUGUCCACGUCAGCAUCAGCCACCAACCCUGGAUUUACUCUUUGAGCUGUUGAGAGAUGUUACCAAAACACCUGGACCCGGGUUUGGGAUCUAUGCGGUGGUUCACCUUCUCCUCCCUGUGAUGUCCCUUUGGCUCCGUCGUAGCCAUAAAGACCAUUCGUACUGGGAUGUGGCUUCUGCUAAUUUCAAGCAUGCCAUUGGCCUGUCCUGUGAGCUGGUGGUGGAACACAUUCAAAGCUUUAUACACUCAGACAUCAGGUAUGAGAGCAUGAUCAACACGAUGCUGAAGGACCUGUUUGAGUUACUGGUGGCGUGUGUGGCCAAGCCCACAGAGACCAUCUCCAGGGUGGGCUGCUCCUGUAUUAGGUAUGUCCUCGUCACGGCGGGCCCCGUGUUCACCGAGGAGAUGUGGAGGCUCGCGUGCUGUGCCCUGCAGGACGCGUUCUCCGCCACGCUCAAGCCGGUGAAGGAUCUGCUGGGCUGCUUCCACAGCGGCACGGAGAGCUUCAGUGGGGAAGGCUGCCAGGUGAGGGUGGCCGCCCCCUCCUCCUCCCCCAGUGCGGAGGCCGAGUACUGGCGCAUUCGAGCCAUGGCUCAGCAGGUGUUUAUGUUGGACACCCAGUGCUCACCAAAGACUCCAAACAACUUCGACCACGCUCAGUCCUGUCAGCUCAUUAUUGAGCUGCCUCCCGAUGAGAAGCCGAAUGGACAUACCAAGAAAAGCGUUUCUUUCAGGGAAAUUGUGGUGAGCCUGCUCUCGCAUCAAGUGUUGCUCCAGAACUUGUACGACAUCCUGUUAGAAGAGUUCGUCAAGGGCCCCUCCCCCGGGGAGGAGAAGACGGUCCAGGUGCCCGAGGCCAAGCUGGCCGGCUUCCUCAGGUACAUCUCCAUGCAGAACUUGGCGGUCAUCUUCGACCUGCUGCUGGACUCGUACAGGACGGCCAGAGAGUUCGACACCAGCCCUGGGCUGAAGUGCCUGCUGAAGAAGGUGUCUGGGAUCGGAGGCGCUGCCAACCUCUACCGCCAGUCCGCGAUGAGUUUUAACAUUUACUUCCACGCGCUCGUCUGCGCGGUCCUCACCAACCAAGAAACCAUCACGGCCGAGCAAGUGAAGAAAGUCCUUUUCGAGGACGACGAGAGGAGCACGGACUCCUCCCAGCAGUGCUCUUCAGAAGACGAAGACAUUUUUGAGGAGACGGCCCAGGUGAGCCCCCCGAGAGGCAAGGAGAAGAGGCAGUGGAGGGCCCGGAUGCCGUCGCUAAGUGUCCAGCCCAUCAGCAACGCGGACUGGGUGUGGCUGGUCAAGAGGCUGCACCAGCUGUGCAUGGAGCUGUCCACCAACUACAUCCAGAUGCACCUGGACCUGGAGAACAGCGUGGAGGAGGCUCCCAUCUUCAAGAGUGACCCGUUCUUCAUCCUUCCGUCCUUCCAGUCGGAGUCCUCCACCCCAUCCACCGGGGGGUUCUCGGGGAAAGACACGCCUUCUGAGGACGACCGGAGCCAGACGCGGGAUCACGCCGGCGAGCCGGGGAGCCUGCGGGCCGGCAGCGGGGACAUGCUGCUGCCCCCCAGCCCCAAGGUGGAGAAGAAGGAUCCCAGCCGGAAGAAAGAAUGGUGGGAGAACGCGGGGAACAGAAUCUACACCAUGGCGGCCGACAAAACCAUUUCCAAGUUGAUGACUGAAUACAAAAAGAGGAAACAGCAGCAUAACCUGCCCACGUUCCCCAAAGAGGGCAGAGCGGAGAAGAAGGGCGAGCCGCUGGGUCCACGGGGCCAGGACUCCCCGCUGCUUCAGCGUCCCCAGCACUUGGUAGACCAAGGGCAGAUGCGGCAUUCCUUCAGCGCGGGCCCUGAGCUCCUGCGACAGGAGAAGAGGCCCCGCUCUGGCUCCACCGGGAGCUCCCUGAGUGUGUCCGGGAGGGACGCCGAGGCACAGAUCCAGGCAUGGACCAACAUGAUGCUAACAGUUCUCAACCAGAUUCAGAUCCUUCCAGACCAGACCUUCACGGCUCUCCAGCCUGCAGUGUUCCCGUGCAUCAGCCAGCUGACCUGUCACGUGACCGACAUCCGCGUGCGCCAGGCCGUGAGAGAAUGGCUGGGCAGAGUGGGCCGGGUCUACGACAUCAUCGUGUAGACGACUCACUUUGAGGAAGUUCAGUAGCAAGGGUUAGAGAGUGCCUGCCAGUCUGAUCGCGUUAUCCCCACCACCAGCCCCACCAAAACCAGUGUCUCAGAGAACAAUCUGUUGCUCCCUAACACUGGGGCCAACCUGGACACUAACCUUGUAUCUGGAUGACACAAAUGAUUCUCUGAUUUUGCACAUUAUUGCAGAAGAGUCUCCAUUCCUUGAUACGUUUCUAAAUCUUGAUGUUUAUUUCCCAGUGCUUUUGCUUGCGAUGUUAUUCCCAAAAGGAUCCCUUUCCAGGACUACCCCUUUGAAAACACUACAUUGACCUAUGAUUUUUUUUUUUUUUUUUAAUGGAAAUGUUAAGGAAAUAUCUGCUGGUAAGUCAAGCUGAUGUGUAAGCACUCAGGCAUCUAGUAAAGACAUUCACUGGAGGAAGAUUUUCUAUUAUGAUUAUGGGCUUAUUAGCAGCUGGAAAAACAUUCUUGGGGGUCAUAAGAAAGGGAUGGCUUCCUCUGUAAAAUAUCCCAGAACAUUUCAAAGUCGUCCCAAACUGUCAAGAUUUUCCAGUUGGUAUUCACCAACUUCUUCUAAGGUACGUUUGUGCCUUUAUUUCCCUAUUUCUAAAGGAAGAAAAUGCUUUCCUGGCGGGGUUUUAAGUCUACGGGCUGGCAGCCUUUGACACACAGAUUGGCUGACACAGAUGUUGCCAAGAGACAGACUGACCAGCCACCCUGGCUUCCCAUUAGUCUUUGCUUUUGCUCCCAAGGCAAAACAGGAAAGGGAAAGAAAAAAUGGUGCCUUAGUUUUUUGUUGCACAGACAUUUCUCUGCUCCACAGUUAUCUGAACAUAGGGCAGAACCUUGGGUUUUUAAGGAAACAAAACGCUAAAAUGCAACUCAUUUUGUAUCCGCACCUUCGGAGGAAAGGACUCAGUUCUCCAUCCAGUGAGCAGACUUCUCAGGGAACGGGGCAGGAAGUGUGGGGUAGGGAGACAGCUGGAAGGGGUGAGAAAAGAGAUUGUGACGAAGUCAUUUUAAAUCUUAAAAUAUUAUACAAGCAUCACAUAAAAUGAGGGUGUCAGGCAUACAAGCUCUGGUCUCAGAAGAAAAUAAAACUAAAGGAGAAGGGGACACAGAAUGAAAUUUAGAAAAUUAAGUUUUUCAAUUUCAAACACUUCUCCUCUCUGGCAAGUAAAUUUACUUAUGUCUGGUGUCUUUCCAGGCUGUUCUUUUACAUGAAUGUUUCUUUUAGAUAUCACUAGGAAAUUAAUUUGGAAACUUUAUCAUAUUUACAGUACACUUAAUAGUUCUUCAGUUAUAAUGAUUGAAACUCAUCAAGCCCACUCGUGUACAUUCUAGAAAGUAGAGUUUGUUGCUAAGAUACAUUAUCAUUUUCCCAGCCCCUAAAAACGUGUUCACAAUGGAAUGUCAUUGAAAAAUAAAACAUCAACUCUUCAGUACAGAAGUAAGGAUUUCAAACCAACAACUUUGCUCAGUGCUAGUAUUUGUAAACUUCAUCUUAACCUUGUAGAUAUUUACAUAUUUCUCAAGGAAGACAGAGUUCCCUGAUUUAUUUAGGCAAUCUCAAAGAACCCCAUCAUUUCGUAUGCCAUCCAGAGAUCACAGCAAAAUCCAGAAGGCAUUUUUCCAGUACCACAAAACCCUCUCUUUGCCUUCAGGUUUUACUCAUUAGACAACAAUUCAAGUGUAAACACAGAUCAACUAUUUGAUCUUAAGCAGUGAAUUGUUGGAACAGCAAUGUAUUUAAGAGUAUUCUAUACUUUUAAACUUUUUCUAUUUUGGAAGUAGAAUGGAAAGUCCGAUACUUUUCCUUUGUUUUCACAAUAACCACAAAAAGAAACAGAACCACCGUGAUAUACUGCUUCUCUGAGGUUUACUUCCCCUUUGUGAACCCAUGAGGACUACAAAAUUAACUUGGUGGGGGUGAGGGCCAUGGGGUGGGGUAGGGAGGAAGCUUCAGAGAAGCAGAGUGUCAAAUCCAUGAUUAUAACAUGUUUACAUGUAGCAACUUUUUAUAUAGCAUAAAAAUUCAAAGCCAGUCUCAAUUUAGAAUGUCACGUCCCAGAAUAUGUUAGUUGUUUGGAAAUCAGAAUUCAUUCUCCCAUAGACUCUCUCUCAUGAGAUCCAAGGCUAGUUUAUGAAAAUAAAUUUACCCCGUACUAUGUGCAAACACUGCUCUGAGACUAGGACUCAUUAUAGGUUCGAAGAGUGAAAAAGUGAGAAAACGUGCAUAGCUCUUUACCUACAAUUUUGUAAGAGGGUUUUAGCCCUUUCCCAUCAUCUAUUCUAUAGCCUACCCCGAGGCCCAUAUUGGUCUCAGCUCACCUUGAUACUUCCCAGAGGUAUUUGCUGUUGUCAAGAGGACAUCGCCGGAGACAAAUAAUCUCUAACAAAUAGGACUUCAGGUCACAAUGACGUCUGUCUUCUCCAGGAGUGGAGAGGAAAGGGAAAUAAUUAGGGACCCUCGGUAGAUGAGUGGUCCCUUCCCUGUUUGGCCCCUCACACACUUCCAGUGUCUGGGUUUCUGCCUCUCUCCCUCUCUUCCUUCACUCCAUCUCUCCCAAGGUCUCUGAAAGACCAAGGUCAAGACAGCCUUUGUGGCAAAAACAGUCAUGACCAUGUAUUUACUGAUCUAAGCAGAAUAAGAUUUUGCACGUCACUUUCAGUUGCCUGUAUUUACUGCCCAAAGUGUGUUACCCUACGACUGAGACGUACUCUCUUUUUCUAAUAUUUUGGUAAAGUGUGCAUCAUGAAAAUACCUAGAAAAUUCAAAGUGUUUAGGAAUUCCUGACAGCCAAGUAGACCACACGCAUCAUCAGAUUUCUCCUUGCCAUGAGGACAUAGGUUUGAUGGAGGGCCAGCGUCUCGCCUAGCUCUUGCCUCUCCUGAUUAGCUUCUAAAAAUGCUUAGGCUGCUUCCUUACACCAUGUUGCCAUCUCUCCCCUUAUGAUUAUUUUGUAGCCUCCUCCAUCAAUAUACAACUAGGGCACUUUCUACCAUCUUUACGCUAUAUAAUGACCAAGGCAGCUGCUAACCUAUAUAAUGGCUCAGAUUAAAUUAUUUUCAAACAUGACAGAAUGUUAACAUAAUUCAAAAGCACCUUUAAAUGGAAACUUCUUGGUACAGUGUCACCAGGCUUUUAGUUCUUGUUGUUUCAAGGUUUAUACAGAGCCCGUUGAGACCAUCAAGUAGCCUUCACUGUAAGAACGUAAUGCAAUUAUAUGACAGAGAUCCCUGACUUUCCCCAAAUACAUCACAGGGCUGCUCCUGCAAGAAGGUUUUCUUUCUCAGAAAAGAAAAUCCAUUUGUGUCCGCCCUAUCAGACUAAGCAGAGUGAAGACCUUAGUUUGGAGCCGGUAACAAUUGCAAGAGGUUACAGACGACAGAGAGGAGGUGACAUUUGUUGAAUGCCACCGUGACCGGAGACCUGAACCUACAUUACCCUUUAGCUCUCACGAUAACCUUGUCAAACAGGUUCUGUUUUCCUCAUUUUUUUCAGAUGAGGACACAGACCCAGAGAGGUUAAGAUAUUUGCCCAAGAUCACCAGUAAAUGGCAACGUUGGUUGCAAAAGAGGUGUUCCUGAAUUCAAAGGCCAUGCUCUGUCUACAAUACAAUGCUCUAAGGACACAGAGUGAAUACAUGAGUGUUGCCAGGAAUUAAACAGUGAAAAUGAGUUGAAAGUAUUUAAUCGAUGUCUCAUAUCUGCAAUCCUAGGAGGAUUUUUUCAAAUAGGGUUUUAAAAACGUGUUCGUUCAUAGAAAGAUCAUACAUAAUACAAUGUUUUGGGGUGUUUGAAAAUAAAAUAAGGUCUGAACUUUAGUCUUAAAGCAGACCCUCAGUGGUAAUUUAGAAAACUUGCCAAAUUAGCCGGAAGUGAUGGAAUAUUACUAUUCGGGGCCAGCUGUUCUGCAGGUGUGCAUGGCAGUCUGUGUCCAGAAGGACACGCACGAUUGGUAAACUUUUCUCAAUUGCCGUUUAAUCACUCAGAAUCAAGUGCCCUGUAGCCAACAGUGCCUCUCUACUUGCUUCCCUGGGAAGUAGAUGGCAGUAAAAGUCAUCAUCAAAGUUUGAGAAUAUGCAGAAUCCGUUCUAACCAGUUUUCCACUGCACUCUCUGAAAAGGAAGUGACAGGUAGGACAAGAUUGUUUAAAGAUCCAGGUACUGAGGGCAUCAGGUCAAUAUCCACCAUGUGCCAUAUGCCUCAAUAUUUCUACAUACUCUGCAGACAAGGAAACAGAUGUAAGGAAAAUCCAACAUAUGACAUUAAGCGGGUGACAGAACUUGGAUAUGCAUGGGUACCACUUAGGUGAUCCUGGUGACAUUUAGUGUGGCCUUAGAAAAAGCAAGAGACUCUCUUUAAGCACUUUUUAUUGGAAAAAGGAGCUUGUUAUGGGGCAAGAUUUAAUGAAAUCAGUAAAGAACUCAUAAUUAUGCUUCAUCAAAAAAAAAAAAACUAUGUUCAUUCAUAGUGGAACAAUCUAGAAAACUGUCUCUCUCCUUUUAUGAGAUCCUCUUCCUCUGCUUAUAAUGUUUAUAUUUGAUGUGGAAGUAACUAAAAUUUUAAUACAGAGUUUUGGACUAGAACACCAUUUAGAUUUCCAAAAUACAAUCAUUGCUUCAGGGAAAACAGACCAAAAAAAAAAAAAAAUUAUCCCGGGGGAUAAUUUAUGAGAAACUCAGUUGAGAACAAUAUUCAAUUUCCUUGUUAACAAUGGCACCUCUUACUAAUUGAGGAAAAUGCAAUACAAUACCACUAGCACCAUAUAAAACCUUUCCCCUGUAUCUUUGUGUAAUAAUGCGUGAGAGUUCCAGGGAGGAGAGACUGGCUGACCAUCUUAGUAACAAAAUUACAGUCAGCUACUGGUGCAUCCCAUCCAGGUAUGGUCCUUCCAGCUUGUCAACCACCAAGAAUUGCUGCGUAUUAUUAGUUCCUAUCCUAAAGUUUUUAGUGGUUGUUGUCUAGUAUCUUUUGACUUUGCUCUUAGGUGGUUCUCAAACUUUGGCACACAUCAGGAUCACCUGGAGGGCUUGUUAAAACCCAGGUCGUUGGGCCCAUGCCCGUGGUUUCAGAUUCAGUAGGUCUAGAAAUUUCCAUUUCUAAUAAGUCCCCAGGUGAGGUCAGUGCUGCUGGUCUGGGGACCACAUUUCGAGAACUGGCUUGAAAAAAUUUCCAACUACUGCCUAUGAGAUCAGCCUGACUUAUCAAGCUCUAUAGAAACAUCGAACUGAAUCUUGGGCAGACACCUUGGGAUUGGAUUCUCUACAGCAUUCCUACUCAAUCUUCCCAGUUUCUAGGUUUAUUAUGCCAACAAUUAGGUUUUUUUUUUUUACAAGCUAGAAGACAAUGAAUGUAUAAGUUCAAUGAAACAGUGAAUUCUGUGUAAGCUUCUCGUCUUUGUAUUUAGAAACACUGGUUAUGGAUGAUCAUUUGUAUGAUGUUGACCCUUUGACUUGUACUGAGGUGAUUUUAAAUUUCAGUAUGUAGUGUUUGAGUUUCUUCUGUCAUUACAGUUUUAAUGAGACGUUUCCAUCUCAACUCCAUCACAACUUUGGCUCCUGGCUUCCAGAAGUUUUGAGUAGUUGCUUGCUUGCCAGUAGGUUUCUCUCAUUAGUCACCCAAAUAUCAACACUUCAAAAUUGUAUUACACUAUUAGGCGUAGCUUCAUCUUAACUGUCUGGUGUAAAUUAAUAUUUUAAUUCUUAUGUACCUGUGAAGAGUCUACCAAGUGGCUUCAUGGAAAUUUGCAAACUGAACAACUCCCUUUUGAGCAGUACAUGUGCCUGUUUGAAGGACUUUUUGGUAAGUGUGUUUGUGUUCAUACCUGCACAGUAGAGACCGUAUUCAUUAUCUCAUCUUCCAGUGAUGGGAGAAAUGUUCACGGGCAUCAGCAGGCUUUGGGAAUACAGUGAAAUUAUGUUAACUUAAAUAUAGGUGGGGCCUAUGUUUCUUAACACUUCGUCUGAUUAGUUCACUUUGGAAAUUCUUUUUUCCACCAAAAAAAGAAUAAUCAGGGAAUAAUUCAAGAGGGAAAAAUUAAGUACCUUAAAAUUAUCCAUGGAUAAAUUAUAUUAAUUAUAUCAUUCUUAUUGAUUUCAUAUUCUCUAAAGCCUUCUGCUUAAAUACGCUGACAUCAUUUAAAUUACUUUAGAUUGUUGUAUGAAUAGAAAUGACUAUAUUUACGAGAGUUAGUGAGAUCAGAAAGCAUAUCAAAGGGUUGAUGGUAUUAAGGAGUCAAGUUCUUGCCUCUGUGGAUGGAAAUAAUUGUUUCAGUUCACGUUUGUUUUCCAUAAUCUGUUUUGGAAACUCUGUGUGCAUUUAGUUCUUUUAAUAGUCAUUGGUUUUCAAAUUAAAUUUAAAAUAUUAAUCUCUAGGAAUAAUUUAGUUCCAACUUAUUUUACCAACUGGUGCCAAAAAAGGGAGCGGGGGUGGGGGGGAAGCUAAAAGCCAACCUUUUGAACUACCACACAAAAUGUUUUCUCUUCAAGCUAGGGAAUCUCAAGCCCUGACGUUACCAGCCACAACAGUCAUCCAGGGCUACCUCAUGGUCAUGUGCAGGCUACUUUGCAUUCCUCCCAUGGAAGUUCUUCCAUCUGUAUUUUGUUGGAAGUGGUUCUCUGUAAUAAAAAUCGGUUCCCCGCUGAAUAGGCGAAAA